CUAGUUCUUUGUGGAGAUGAUGACUGUGUCCGGUUAAGCCAAUGAGACUUUGAUUGAGGCAAUAGGUAGUUAAUGUGUAACCGAGAAGAGGUGCAACCUUCAGCAGACAUUUGUUCAGCCCCUGCUGUGUGACUCAUACAGUCACAAGAAGCACAGAUCUCUGUUUGUUCGUUACACUAACAGGACUUUGUUGGUUGUGACUGAGAAACAGAGCUGCUAUGGCUGACACAAACCCACAGUCAGCGGCCUCUGGCCCUGGCUCUACUCAGCUCGACCAUGUCCAGGGUCAGGUCAACGAGGUUAAAGUUAUUCUGAAAGACAACAUCAACAAAGUGCUGGAGAGGGGGGAGAGAUUAGAUGAUCUGAUCGGGAAGACUGACGACCUGCAGGCAUCUGCUGACUCGUUCCAAAGAACAUCCAAACAGGUCGCCCGGAAAUACUGGUGGAAAAACAUUAAAAUGAUGAUUAUAAUUGGAAUCAUUUUGGCGAUCAUCAUCAUCCUCAUCAUCCUCUUUGCAACAAAAGUCAUAUAAAUCCUGUCUUUACCAGCUCGGGACUGAAAGCAGUGAUAAAGCUCACUUCACAGACAACUUUUAUUGAGCAUUUUAUCAUUUAAUUGAUCACGAGUGAUCGUUUCAGCUCAAACAAAGAGAUCAACCUGUGUAUGUAAAUUCAAAGGGUAAUUUUUUUUUUAUCAUUUGAAACCUUAUUGAUUUCUUUUCUCUGCGACAUCUUAUGAUGUGAAGAUAAAAUUCAGAGCAGCAGAGUUUAAAUUGUUGUAACGUUGGCUGAAACACUUCCUUUAACACUCCAAGUCAUUAACGUGACGUUUUUAUUAACAUUUCAAACAGGAUCACAAAUUCAAAUAAGUGUUUUAUUAUUUUUAUUUGUCACAUUUCUUUUUGUCCAAUAUAAUGUAUAUAUAUACUGUAUGUUUAUGACUGUCAAACUCCGUAAUAACAUAUGUAUUAUAUGACUAUGAUAAAGAGGAGAAACUGUAA